AUGGCGACCGUAGCAAGGUUUUCACGGCAAGCAUCUUCGUUCUCCCGUCAAUUUCGCGGUGUCACCCGUUUUUACAGCUCGUGGCGCGGUGACAGUGAUGUGAAAAAAUGGCGAACCAGUGUUGGAUACAUCGCCGCGGCUUCUAUAGCACUUCUUGUCGGAUACUCAAGACCUAACGUGGUGCACGCCUUAAAAUCUCGAAAGCGCGACGAUGAGACACAAAAGGCAGUAAAGCUAACGAGGAGAGAAAGAAGGUUUAUAAAAUUUGCAUCGGUGGAAUACGAUGGGCAGCUUUACAUGACGCCCCAGGACUUCCUUGACAGUGUUGUUGAACCCGAACCCAGACCUAGACUGAAGAGACGCGUGUUAGCUGACAAGGAGCUGGAAGUGAUGAGAAAUAGCGUUCCUUCGUUGCGUCAAGGAAGUCCGCAUAUGUUCAGAAAUCUUCGGGAUAAAGGAAUUGUUUCCUAUACGGAGUAUUUGUUUCUUUUGUCCAUUCUAAUCAAACCUAAAACAGGUUUUCAUAUCGCGUUUAACAUGUUCGACACUGAUGGAAACGAACGUGUGGACAAAACUGAAUUUCUUGUGAUUCGAGAACUGCUCGGCGGCAACAUGAAGAAGCGGAAUCUCGACGACGAAACGAAACGUCUAUUGAAUUCCUUAAUCGACCCGAAACGAGAAAUCAUUAAAAAACCGAAACUUCGUAACAACCAACUGGGAAACAAGAACACAGAGAUUCGUUCUAAUUCUUACAUGGAGAAGGUUUUUAGUCACGCUUGGAGAGGCCGUCAUGGAACCGAAACUAAAGAAAAUUUGGAGCAUUUAACUGAAAGACAAACAACCCCGGAAGAAAUUCAAGUUCAAUAUAUCGACGACGAUCAGGGUUUGCAACGCCGACAUGCUGUCGACACAACUUUAAUGGUACACUUCUUUGGAAAGGAUGGUGCCAAUGAGCUGAAGUACGAAGAUUUCAAGGGAUUCAUGGAGAAUUUGCAGCAGGAAGUUUUAGAACUUGAAUUUCACGAAUUUAGUAAAGGGCGCGACACUAUUUCAGAGCUGGAUUUUGCUAAAAUAUUAUUGCGAUACACCUAUCUCGACACCGACGAAUACGACAAGUAUUUGGACAGGAUAUUUCAAAACUCGGAACUUCAAAUUGGCAUUACGUUCGAGGAGUUCCGACGUUUUUAUCAGUUCUUAAAUAAUAUCGAUGAUUUCUCAAUAGCUAUGCAAAUGUACACCUUAGCAGACCAUCCAAUAUCAAAAGACGAGUUCCAGCGCGCUGUGAAAAUAUGUACAGGAAGCUUACUCUCAAAUCACAUGAUCGACACUGUUUUCGUAUUGUUUGACGAAGAUGGCGAUGGUCAAUUAUCUUACAAGGAGUUCAUUGCGAUAAUGAAAGAUCGACUUAAAAGAGGAUUCAAGUCGCAACAGCGACGAGAAAACUGGCAGGCCUUUACCUAUUGCGUGAAGCAAGAAAUGAAGUCUCGUUAAUUGACAAUAGAAGAGUGAGAAGAAUUUAGGAGGAAAUGCAAGUAUAACGCAUCGAAGAAUAUAAAGUGCCAUUGGGACGCUAGUCCUCUUUCAUGUCCUAGUCUCUUUGCAUUACUUCCAUCGUGAUACCAACCGUUACCAUUAUUUAUGACUCGUGGUUCUAGUUCUACACCUAUAUUUAAUGUUUGUUCGUUAUUACGUUUAUUAUAUUAAUAUUUGUAUAAUUCCUAACAAACUAGUCUCGAUAAUAGACUAUAACAAAUACUAAUAUGGACA